GUAUUUGGUUGUUUUAUGGGAUUGAGAUUGAGAUUGGGAGAAUUUUUCCUAAUAACUUUUGCCGCGUAGUAUGCCUGUGGUACGCACUUUUUUGCCUCUUUGGAGGUUAACGCAAAUCUAGAACAACCAGAUUUCGGUGCCCCAAUUUCAGAGAGAAGUACAACACCAAAAUUGUGGCAAAAUCUCAAUCUCCCCUCAAUUUUACUCAACUCUCUGCUCUCUCGCUCGUUUUAGGUAUCAAAAAGGCGAUUUAUCAAGAAGAGCGAAGGGUUAGGUCAUACUGUAUUGUUUUCGAAUGGGGAAAGGUACGAAAAGCAAGUCUGGGUCUCACCAGAUAUUCAAAGACAGAGCUAAGAACCGCGUGGAGGACCUCCAUGGAAUGUUUACAGAUCUGCAGUCAGCAAGGAAGGAGAGCCGAAGCAUUGAUGUUGCUGUUCUCGAAGAACAAGUUAAUCAGAUGCUCAAAGAAUGGAAGAAUGAACUCAACGAACCUUCCCCUGCUUCAUCUUUACAACAGGGUGCAAGUGUAGGACCCUACUCCCCUGACAUAAGUAGACUUUUGCAGCUAUGCGAUGAAGAAGAUGAUGCAACCAGUGGGUUAGCUGCCCCAAAACCUGAUCCAGAUAAUGGGUUGCAGGGUUUUACUGUUAAUCACACAACUCAAGAACAAAGCUUCCAGUUACUUGAUCAAUGCAAAGGUUCUCCUUCAGGUGUUAACAAUACAGAUGUCACCAAUCAAUUGGAUUACUUUUCAUUUGAUUUACCCCAUGAUUUUGAACAAAACUUCUUUACUGGAAUUGAUGGCAUGGGACCAUGUGCAAGGGGAGAAGACACAUCAUCACCUCAAAUAACCACCUUUCUUCCUACUUUAUCCCCUCCCCCUUCUGCUUUCUUGGGACCAAAGUGUGCCCUUUGGGAUUGUCCAAGACCUGCACAAGGCUGGUGUUCUGAUAGGCCUGUUCAAGGUUGGUUUCCUGACUAUUGCAGCAGCUUGCAUGCUGCAAUUGCUCAAAAUGAAGGCCGAUUUGGGAUGACACCUGUCAUACGCCCUAAAGGUAUUGAAUUGAAAGACACUUUACUUUUUGCUGCCCUUAGUGCAAAAACACAGGGGAAAGAUGUUGGAGUUCCUGAAUGUGAAGGAGCUGCCACUGCAAAAUCCCCAUGGAAUGCCCCUGAGCUGUUUGAUCUUUCGGUUUUUGAGGGGGAAACAAUACGUGAGUGGCUGUUCUUUGAUAAGCCAAGAAGGGCAUUUGAGAGUGGAAACAGAAAACAAAGAUCACUCCCUGAUUACAACGGGCGUGGUUGGCAUGAAUCAAGAAAACAAGUGAUUAAUGAAUCUGGAUGGCUAAAAAGACUGGAAUUGAAGCUUGUUGAUGGGAAGAAAAGUCCAAAGGGAAAGAUUGCAAAUGAUUCACUUGCUGAUCUUCAAAAGCAAAUGGGAAGACUUACUGCUGAGUUUCCAUUGGAUAAUAGUUAUAAUAAUAAUAAAAGGUCUGUUAAAGGAAGGGGAAAGGGGAAUUUGAAAGACAAGAAUGGAGGUGCAACUGUGUAUCCAAUGGUGGCAAGUGAUGAUGGUGCACCAUUUAACUAUCUUGUUGAUGAUGUUGGUGGGUAUUACUUAACAUAA